GCUACCAUACGUGAUAACCGCAUAGUUUUGUAAACCCCGCUAGCAGUAUCAUUUUGUUACCUUAAUCCGCGAGAGCCCUGUUUUGAAUUUUAUUUUCAUUCAAAUUCCGCUGCUUCCGGUUUAAAUCUUAUCCAAAUUCCGGUGUGGAGUUUUAAACCGGUCAAUUGCUUCUCAAUUUAUCAUUGUUUAACUUUUUUCUUCAUCCGAUUUUCGGUUCGGACGAGAGCUCUAUUGCCGUAGGAGCAGGAGAAGGGAGCAGGGAGAGCGCCGCCGCCGCCGCCGCCGCCGCACCGGCGCUGUGCCGACGAGAUGAGCCUCUCCCACCACCUCCCCCCGCCGCCGGGAGACCCCUACUACGUGUACGCGCCGCACCCCUACCCAGAUCCGCAGCGGCAGGGGGUACUCACGCUCUUCGUCGCCGGCCUCCCUGACGACGUGAAGCCCCGGGAGAUCCACAACCUCUUCUCCAGCCGCCCCGGCUUCGACCACUGCCUCCUCGAGUACACCGGCCGCGGGAACCAGGUGGUGGCCUUCGUGUCAUUCGUUAAUCAUCAGGCGGCUCUUUCGGCAAUGUCUGCUUUAAAUGGGACUGUAUUUGAUCCAGAUACUGGAGACCGUUUGCACAUUGAGCUAGCUAAAUCGAGUUCACGUAAACGUCAUGGAGAUGGUGGGGUUUAUAGAGUUGUUGACAAACGACUUAAGAGAAAAGAAAGAGCUGCUGACCAUGAGAAUGCUGGUGAUGGAGGUAAUGAUGAUGAUGCAUGGGGCGAGGAUGAUAAUGGUGGUAAUGAUGGUAAUGGUCAUUCUCUUACACUUGGAUGUUAUCCAUAACCAUCACACCGUCACUUGUCUUUUGUUAGAUGGACUUAUAUGACAUAUGUGGUGCAACGCUUUAAUUUGAUGCUAAAAUGUUACUUUGGUAAGACCAUCAAAUUAAUAUGAAAACUGAUAAUGAGCUUUUGUUUGUCCUUGUCUUUUAUUUUUGUCUUGUUACAUCCCAUUUUUAUUUCUCAGGGCACAGUUUCAAUUUGGAUUUUGGACAAACAUUUUGAUUGUAGAUGACUCGAGAGCAACAUAUUACCUUUAUAAAGAUUUGUUUUCCCAAAUUGAAUACAUUCUGUGACUAAAAAGAGUUAGCGUGCUUAUAUCAAAUUUAGAUUUUGCAUUAGACGUGUGUCUUGUGCUGAAGUAUUAACUUUUGCAUAGAUGUGUAGCUAAAAAUAGCACAGUAUAGAUAUAGUUUUCAAGGUUUAAUAAAACAGAUUAUAAAACUCAUUGUGCAUUUAAGUUGACACCAAACAUUCAGGAGAUGGUGGAUCUGAUGAGCCAUUGGACACAGAAAAUGAUGAUUCCGACGAAAAGAAUGAAUUACCAGCAGAACGGAGUAGUGGUCAACCAGGGCUUAAGCAGCAUAGGGGGCAAUCUCUUUCAGA